AUGCCUGAGAUCCCACCAACCAAUGACCGAGAGUGUCAGCCUGUACAUUGUACAGGCAAUUUCCACCAAUCACGUUCCAGCCUGCAUUCCUCCCCAUUACAAUACCGUGCUGGGUACCACGGCCGGGACGGUCACGACUUCCGGUGCCACUUCGGCGUCGACGUGGCUGAAGCUGUUUAUGUCCAUCCUUCCUUCCAUGCUGCCGAAAUCGAGAGGGAGAGAAAGAGAGCAGAAAGGACAGAGGAGAGACUGAAAGAGGAGAGACUGAAAGAGGAGAGACUGAAAGAGGAGAGACUGAAAGAGGAAGAGAAGGAAACCAAUGUUACUACGAACGUGGCUACAGCUGUCGACGAGAAGGCCGAGGGCCACGCGGAGGAGUUCAGUGCAGCAGCCCACGACAUUCCGGAAGGGGGCCAAACCGCUGACACAACUGAACAGUAA